AAAUCGAAAGAAGGAAGUAAACAGGUCAUGCUGUCGUGUUUGAGGAGAUCAUACUUUCGAAUUCCUGUACUAUAGUAAUUACCACGUGACACCGUUAAUCAAUCAGACCUUACUCGAACGAGGCGCUUCUUGCUGAAGAUGGCAGGGUCCAGUGGUAUUGUACUUUUUUGUUUAGCUGUGUUGUAUUGCUUGAACAUUGCUGUAUCCGAGAAUCCGGGAUUUCAGACCAGAAUCACAGCGGCAGGACUCAAUUACGCAAACCAAGAAGCCAUUGUCCAGCUGUCGAAGAGUGUGAGGGGUCAGAAAAUCAAUAUCCCGCCUGGAAAGUCUGGCUCUGUAUCCUACUCCAUCACUGAUGCCGAAAUAACCAAAUUUGUACCACCAUCCUCGAGCUCGCUGAAACCGAUAGCAGGUAGUGGGCUGAAAUGGUCUGCUUCAAACAUAGAUCUCGCCAUGAGCGGUCACUUCAAAUACACAUUUAAGAAGGUUAUCAAGAUUUCGGAUCAUGGCAGCUUUGAUAUAUCCGUAUCUGGAGUUUCCUUCAGUGUACAAGCCGAUUUUGGAAUGGACACGACUGGACGCCCCAGCAUCAGAGCAGGUCCAUGCACAAGUGAUAUAGGAGGUGUGUCCAUCAAGUUCCACGGCAGAUGGGCAUGGGCAUACAAUGCAUUCAGAGGGCAAUUAGCGAAAAAGAUUAAAAGCCUACUCAAGGAUAAGAUGUGCGACCUGAUCAGUCGCUCUCUCAACACAGAUGCUGAAAAGUCUCUGUCAUCGUUGAAAAUUACUAUGGGUAUCGGAAAAAUGUUGGAGCUGAGCUACAAACUCACUGGCCCACCAAAGUUUACCUCUGACUAUAUGGAGACCUACCACAAGGGUGAAAUUGACUGGAAAUCUGCGCCUUCUCCGCCCCCUUUCCAGGCCCCAACCCUCCCCCAAUGGAACGACACAAGUCGUAUGAUGUAUUUGUGGGUGUCAGAUUUUAUGAUUAACAGUUUGUUUUACCAGGCUCAGCAACAUAACCUCCUCUCCUACAACCUCACUGCUCAGGACCUACCGAAAAGCACACGUGGAGUUUUGAAUACGACGUGUACCAGUUCACUGUGUAUCGGCAACUUUAUUCCACCGCUUCAGCAGAAGUAUCCAAAUUGCCAGAUAGAACUACGAAUGAAAAGUACAAAGAUGCCGCUGAUUUCAGUUGUCAAUGGUUCCAUAGAAACCAAGAUGGCCGGCUUAAUAGCCUUGUAUGUCCGACCUGUGAAAACUUCGUCAACUCUCUAUUUCAAGCCGAGAAGAACAGAGAACGAGCUUGGAAGCAGACUAGAGAGUAACACCAGGACAUCUGCCGACUACGUACUUACAAUGGAUGCGAACAUGACAUUGACCGGCCAGAUCAGUGUUGUGGAGCAGGUGAUGCACUAUAAGGUCACUAACAUGACUAUCACUGUUUCCCUACGAAACUCGACAAUCCCGAAUAUCACUGAAAAGGCACUGAACUUCCUUAUCAAGUAUGCAGUGGAAAAGUUUAUCCAGCCGAGUAUUGAUGAUCUUGGAAAGAAGGGAAUACUGCUACCACUCGGAAAGGUGUCAUUGAAAAAUGCCAAGUUAGUGCUACUGAAAGAUGCAUUCAUCAUCGCAACUGACCUGGUGUACCAUCCCGACAAUGAAUACUGAAUAUGUGAUAUAAUGAUGUUAAGUCACGUGGGACACAAGGGCCGAUGAAUAUUGGUCACAGAAAACAAACAUUUGUAUGUGUCGGGGAUCAAGAUCGUGACAUGCAAGAGAAAAAGAUGGAGUAGAGCGUCUAAAACAACCAUUCAAUUUUCACAAAUUUCACAUUUUUCCAUUCAAGCUAGUCGACCUUUUAAAUUGUUUUUGUAUAUGAUUAUCUUUUAUAUAUUUUACAUAUAAAAAUUUGAUACAUUAUAUAAUUUUGUAAUUGCGGUUAAAACUUUUUUUGGUAUUGCUCUAUUUUUUUCUGCUUCACCGUAUACUCUCGCGUUUUCCUGUCUCAGCAUUUACUUUGUGCUUCAAAAAAUCUGAUGGUAAAAUUAUAUUGAUCUUGUUUUGUCACUAUUUCGAGACUUUGGGUUCUUUAAAUAUUAGUUCCUUUUUAUGUUUCGUAGGAUCUGUUUCAAAUAUUGAAUUGUAGUUUGAUAAAGCUUUUAUGAAUGUUUUUUGUAUCAUUAUGAACUUACAUCAUAAUAAAGGAAAUCUUUGUUUGAA